UGUUCAUGUGGGGCGCUAAGAUGUAUCGACGUCAAGGGCUUCUGUGGUCUGGAAGUCAGCUCCACUGGGUGGAAGCGCAAGUCGGCAGGCACGGUCUUGUGAUGCUGUUUCCCCAACGCCUUCCACAACAGCUAAUGAGGAAGCUUAUCACUGACUGCCAACAUGUGCUGACAAUGCCAGGCGGUCCCAGUUCCUCGUCCACCACACAAGCUGUUCACGGAUGAAUCCCGGGACUGCCCCGCGAUUCUCCAACUCUCCCUGUCAACCUCGCACCUCUCGGUUUGCCUUCCCGAGCGAGUUGCUUGUUUAAGCUUCCUCUACUACUGCGCCCGAAAAGUACCAUCCUCGUUCUUUAACCAUGUCGGCUCCUCAGAGCAAGCACGUGUACCACAACGUGCACGCCCUGCGAGGCGGGAAGCCUGAGCUGGGCGAUAUUGCACUUAAUGAUUUCCAUCUCGUCUUCCGAUUUCCACCCGAAUCAACUGCCGACGCCGACUCACACCCGAAGAAGCCAGUCAAGCAGGUUUGGUUUGCCUUCCAUGUUAUCUCCCAGUGCACGCUGCGGCCGACUACCCCCUCGAGCGGUGUCCCCUCGUCGAUACGAAUCCGUUUCCGGGACUUCACAUAUGUCUGCUUCAACUUUCCCGACGAUAAGCAGGCUCGUGAUGCCUUCGAGUUCAUCCGCGCGAGGACAUGCAGACUGGGGAGCAUAGAAAACCUCCUGGCCUUCAACUACAGUCCCCCACCAGGUUCGCCAGAGAAUAAGAUCAACGGUUGGGACUUGUACGAUGCGAGGGCCGAGUUCAGGCGGCAGGGCAUCAGCGAAAAGUCGGCAGACCUGGGGUGGAGGAUAACCAUGCUCAACAAGGAUUACUCCUUCUCCCCAACGUACCCAGCAGUACUAGCAGUGCCGUCCAAGAUUUCAGACAGCACCCUCAAGUACGCUGCCGCUUUCCGCUCUCGCUCCCGGAUUCCAGCGCUCAGCUACCUCCACCCUGUCAACAACUGCACGAUAACCCGCAGCUCACAGCCGUUUGUGGGGUUGCGGAUGAAGCGCAGCAUCCAAGACGAGCGCCUUGUCGGGGCCUGCUUCUCUGCCAAUAUGGACUUCCUCGACGCAGGGCCUGCGUUGACCACUGAGGAAAGCCCCUCCUCCAGCCACGUGGACCUGAGCGCCGAGGGGGCGGAUGUUGACACAACGUCGCCCGAGACGGAGCGCAUGCAGAUGGAAGAUGAUUUUAUUGCUGGUGCUAAUACGCAGUACGACGAAAAGACCGGGAAGCGACUAGUAUACGGCGCGCAGCAGCACAACCUGAUCGUCGACGCCCGUCCCGCGCUCAACUCUUAUGCCAUGCAGGCAAUCGGAAUGGGAUCGGAGAACAUGGACUACUACAGAUUUGCCAAGAAAGUCUUUUUAAAUAUAGACAAUAUUCACGUCAUGAGGGACUCCCUAGACAAGGUAAUCAGCGCCAUCAAGGACGCCGAUGUUUCCCCUUUCCCGCCCAACAAAGACCUCCUAGCCAAAAGCAAGUGGCUAAAGCACAUCCGCGGCAUCCUGGACGGCUCGGCUAUCAUCGCGCGGCAGGUUGGCAUACAACAUUCUCAUGUGCUCAUCCACUGCUCCGAUGGCUGGGAUCGGACGAGCCAGCUGAGUGCACUGGCCCAGCUGAUGCUUGAUCCGUACUACCGCACCAUUGACGGAUUCAUCGUCUUGGUUGAGAAGGAAUGGCUCUCGUUUGGACACAUGUUCCAAAUGCGGUCCGGCCACAUGAGCCAUGAGAGCUGGUUUACCGUGGAUAGUGAGGCGCUAGCGGGUUCAACAAUCCGACCGGGCGAGAGCGAAGGCAGGGGGGAUGCGAUCGAGAAUGCUUUGGCGAGUGCAAAGCGGUUCUGGAACAAGAGUGUGGGAGCCGAAAAAGAUGCAUCAUCAUCAUCAGAAGUGGAGGAAACUCUUGCGGUUGACGAGGCGAAACAAGGACCCGCUCCCGUCGCCGAGGACCAGGCCACGAAACCCCGGGACGUGUCGCCGGUUUUCCACCAGUUCCUCGAUGCGACAUAUCAACUCUUCCGACAACAUCCAACGCGCUUCGAGUUUAAUGAACGCCUCCUCCGGCGCUUGCUCUACCACCUGUACUCGUGCCAGUACGGCACCUUCCUGUUCAACAACGAGCGACAGCGUCACGAGGCGAAGCUCCAUGAGCGCACGCGCAGUGUAUGGGCUUAUUUCUUGAGUCGCCGUCAGGAAUUCACAAACGAUCAGUAUGAUGCGACUAUCGAUGAUCUUACCAAGGGGCGGGAGCGGCUCAUCUUUCCGCGACUAGGCGAGGUGCGGUGGUGGCAUCAGGUGUUUAACCGCACUGAUGACGAGAUGAACGAUGCUAUCAAUGCCUCUAUCGCCACGGCGGAACGUGUUGCGGCAUAUCAAGCCUCAACAGGAUUGUCAGAGCAAGGCGUUGGUGGUGACAACGCAGGGACCCAGUCUGAGAUCGCAUCUAUGGACGCUGCGAGCUCAUCCCAUCACGCCCAGCCGCCGGCUUUGACUGCCAGCCAGUCAGUGCUCACGGGUGUUGAAACCGCCCAUGAGGCUCUCACACCAGAUUUGAGAACGUCGGCGUCGUUCAACCGCAGUGCAAGCGCAGGCGUGAUGCCCGGCGCGCUCGGGGCAUUACAGGACCGGCUCUCCGGCCUGAACAUCGGGAAAGGCGUCUUUAGCGGUGCUGCUGCUGGUCCGAGUACGGGUAGGAGUCGUCCGGGUGGGCAUAACACAGAGUCUAAUGGAUUCGUUGAGGACCAGGGCAGCAGGAAGUCGGAAGAGGUGGGCGGAGGGCAGGAGAUGAAGAGUAUGGAUUGAGCUAGAUCGGGCGGCAUGAAGCGGGAUUGUUUGCCUAACCAGCGAUUUUGUUUAUGGGAGCUGGGUGGACUGGGCAUGCUCUCUAUGUAAGAAAGGCAUAGAAGCGGCAUCGGCAAGGGUAUGGUCUACCUAUCAUGGAUAUGAAACUGGGUUUAUGAUAAAAAGGAAUGGUUUUUACCCCUGUUCUUUACACGGGAGGCGAGAGAUGCAGCAUUGGAUGCGAUGCUAAAUGUACCUCGGUACCCUCGAUGGCUGAGGGACCCCUCUCAUCGCCUCGCACCCCCAAUGGAGGGAGGUAGACUUCUUCUCCAACAUAAACUUAAGGAGAACGAGAGAUUAAACCAAAGAAACCGUUUCUGGACC